AUGCCUCUACGCGCCAAGGUGACCAACCCUGCCUUUCGGGCAACAGCUAUGAUUUCGACUUCCCCUGCUAUCCCCAAAGAGCUCCCCGGCGAUGAGCGCGACGAUGUUCUGUUCAACUCGAUCUACGGCAUCCGCAGCGUUGAGCUCAACCGACCCAAGAAGCUCAACUCCCUUAAUGGCUCGAUGGCUCGCAAGAUUCUCCCUCGAUUGAAGGAGUGGGAGAAAUCUCAUCUUGCAAACAUGGUCCUCAUCUCUGGAGCCGGCACCAAGGCUCUCUGCGCAGGAGGCGACGUUGCUGCCCUGGCGCUGCAGAAUGAGAGUGGAGUGGAAGGACAAAAAGCAUCGACAGAAUUCUUCGGACUCGAAUACCGCCUCGACCACCUGAUCGCUACAUACUCAAAGCCUGUUAUCUCUUUUAUGGAUGGAAUCACCAUGGGUGGUGGUGUCGGCCUCAGCAUGCACGCCCCCUUCCGAAUUGCGACUGAGCGUACCGUUUUUGCUAUGCCCGAGACCACUAUUGGCUUCUUCCCCGAUGUUGGCGGCUCGUUCUUCCUCCCUCGUCUGGAUGGUGAGACCGGCACAUACCUGGCUUUGACUUCGGAGCGCCUGAAGGGUGUCCAGGCUCUGUAUGCAGGCAUUGCCACACAUUACUUGCACUCCAGUGUCCUGAGCAGUGUAGCACAACGUCUUUCCGAGCUGACUUUCCCCGACCACGUCGAGCUUCCCGAGCGCUUGGAAAUCGUUAACAAGACCAUGGCUGAGUUCUCUCUUGGCCUCCCCCCACUUGAGGAGGAGCCUAUGCUCAUGGCCGGUAGCCUCCGCACUGCUAUCGACCGCUGCUUCGGAUUCAACACUAUGGAGGAGAUUAUCGAGGCUUUGGAGAAGGAGACCGAGCACAAGGAGUGGGCCCAAAAGACAUUGGAGACUCUGUCAGGCCGCUCCCCGACUUCUCUGAAGGUGACCCUGCGCCAGAUGCGUCUUGGCAAGAAGUGGACCAUCUCAGAGACCUUCCAGCGCGAGCACGAGAUCGCUGCCAACUUCAUGCGCCACCCUGAUUUCGUCGAGGGUGUCAAGGCCCGUCUGAUUUCCAAGCCUGCCCGCCAGGCCGAGUGGCAGCCUGCUACUCUCAAAGAGGUCUCAGAUGAAACCGUCGACAACUUCUUCGAUAUCCCCAACGAGGCGUCCCGCCUAACGCUUCUGAGUAAGGGAGAUUACAAAUACUACCCUCAUGCCCACUUCGCUCUUCCUUCCGAAAGAGAAAUUGAGGAGGUUGUGCGCCAAGGUCACGCAUCGCGGAGACCUGUGGUCGACUACUUCCUCCAAAAAUACGCUCACCGCGAGGGUGUGCGCCGAAAGGUCGUCGAGGUGAUUGCCCGACGGACGACGACAUCAUCUCCCGAAGGACUCAAGUGGUUGAAUUAA